CUCAUUUAUUAAUUUUAACAAACAAAACUUUCAUUUCACCCAAACACUGCCUUAUUUCCCCGUGUAUAAAUACCUCAUCUUUCCUCAUGAAUCUUUCCCCUGCAGCAUGGUGUGCCAAUUGCUACUCAAUUCUUUAAUUCUUUCUCUUCUUCGCCGUCGCCACCACCUCCACCACCCUCCUUAAAUUUCACAAAAUUUUCUCGUAAAUCACAUUUUUUGAUAAUAAACUGUGAAUAUUACCAUACCAAUCAAAAGAGUUACAGAACACCUAGGACGACAACCACCUUCUUAAAAAAAUCAACGAUGCUUGUCUCUGUUUUUCUCGCGCUCUUCCUUCCAUGUGUUGGAAUGAGCGCGGUUUUCUUAGUCUACAUAUGUUUGCUCUGGUACGCGGCAGCAUACCAGAGCAAUCACCAGACUGAUCCGGUGAAGCCCACUCAAGAAUUGGGCCUAUCUGCGGCUCAAUUGGAUAAACUUCCAAAAAUCACAGGGAAAGAAUUGGUAAUGAGCAAUGAUUGUGCGGUGUGUUUGGAUGAAAUUGACAGUGAGCAAUUUGCUAGAGUUGUUCCUGGUUGUAACCAUGGAUUUCACCUAGAAUGUGCUGAUACUUGGCUUUCAAAGAAUCCUGUUUGUCCUAUUUGUAGAACAAAGCUCGAGCCUGAGUUCUUUAAUCCUCCUGAAAGUAACCCAUGUUGAAGAAAUUAAUUACAGCAAUCUCUGCUGUAAACAUCUAAUUUUUUUCUUGUCUUAUAGGAGUAGUAUGCAUUUCAUAUAGAUUGAGAUGAUGGGUACUGUUUAAUUUUUGGUUCUUUUCUUUUUAUUUAAUUCUGAAUUUUGGGUGGUGGGUGUUGUUAUGAGAAGAGCUUAAUUCAAUCAAGUACAGUUUCUUA